AUGGAUAAAUACACAAAUAAUUGUAAUGUUAAUGAAAACAUCAUACCUUUUUGUAAUUACAUAUCUGAAAUAACAGAAAAAUGUGAUUGUAAUGAAGAAAAGAAUAUGUACUUGUAUGGGACAUAUAACGGGUGCACUAAGAAGAGUUCUAUAGAAAAGAAUACCAUUGUUGAUGCAUGUAAUAUUUAUGAAAGACUAUAUUGUGGAAGCCGCUUUUUUGAACUUAUCAUAUUAACAAAUGAAAAAAGGUGUAUGGAAAAAAUAACAUGCAAUGAUGAGAAGACAGAUAUUUUUUGUUUAUUUGAAGGAGAGAAAAUAUAUGAAAUUUGUAGCAUAUUACAAGAAAUUGCUGUUUUUCUAAAUAAAGAUAAAAAAAAAGAAAAAAUUAUUUUAUCCUUUAUAGAAUAUAAUAAUAUAGAUGAAGUGAAUACAUAUAAUGUUCAUAUAUUAGAUAUAUAUAUAUAUUUAUAUUUAAGAAAUUAUUUAAAACAUACAUGCAGCACAGAGGAUGAAAAUUAUAAUAUAUUAUAUUUUUAUAAUGAAAAAGAAAGAAUUCUUAAUAUGGAAAAAUAUAACUAUGAUAUAAAUCAUUUUGAUAUAAGAAAUUGGUUGUUCAACAAUAUGUCUUUUUUUCUGCCAUCCAAAAGGAUAGACGACAAAUUUGAUGAUCAUAAUAAUAACAAGAGUGAUGAUCAUAAUAAUAAUAAUAAUAAUAAUAAUAACAACCUUUUGACGGUCAAUAAAUAUUUGAACGUACAAAACACAUCUAAGAAUUUAUCGCAACCACAUAAUUUAUCCUUAUUCCGCUUAAAUUCGAUGGUAGAUAAUCAAACGACCAAAUUAUCUUCAAAAAUAUGUAUUAAUAAAGAAUUACCAAAUAUAUUAAUUAAUAAAAAUGAUAAUAAUAAUAAUUACGUAUGUAAUAAAGAAAAUUAUACAUCUUCUAUAAUUAAUUCUUCUACAAAUGUUGAAAGAGAAAAUUCUGUAUGUCAUUAUUUAAAAUGUUGUACACAUGAAAAUGGAAACAUAUUUACCUUACACCAGAAACAAAUUUAUGAUAAUAAUUUUAACAUAUAUAAAAAAUUUAUUGGACAUAAUAAUAUUCCACUUAUUCAAUAUAUUAUAGAUAUACCCAAAGAAUUAAUAUUAGACAACUCUCCUUUUAUAUUUACCAACAAGAAAUUAGAAUAUUUGGACACGAAUAUUCUUAAUGAUGAAUGUGCAGCAAAUAUUCCACACAAUCAAUUAUCUUCAUAUAAUUUUUAUUAUGUUAUAAAAAUUCAAGAUGAAAAAAAAGAAAAAUUAAUAACAGAUAAAGUUAUACAAAAUAUUGAUAAUAAUUUAACAUAUAUUCAUAAAUUAUUAAAACAAAAUUAUAAUCAUAAUAUCAUAAGUAUUGUUACACAAAAUUUUCACGUUACUUAUGUUUUUACAGUAUUAAAGUUUAAUUUGCAAAAAAAAAAAAAAAAAUUAUGA